CGGCGGCGCGAGGGCUCGUUCUCCGCUCCAAGAUGGCUGCUGUCGCCUGGGAUGGAGAGUGAGCCGAGGCUGGCAUCCGAGCAGAGGACGACGAACCGCGGAUAGAAAACCCCGGAGAGACGACGCAGAAGCCCGCAGCGAGCACCGCCGGCGCCUCGACAACCGAAUUCAAGUUUCUUGUGAAGGGGGCGAUCUGAGCUGAGCAGCCGGCGUCAUGGACACGACCACGUCCAUCAAGAUGACCACGCUGGCCAUCCAGAACCUGUUCAGCUACGUGGAGGAGGAGAACCUGGCGGCGCUGAAGGCCCACCUGGACCGCUUCAAGGAGGUGGACGGGCGCUCCGACAACGGCCAGACGCCGCUCAUGCUGGCGUCGGAGCAGGGCAGCCUGGAGAUCGUCCAGGAGCUGAUCAGGAGGGGAGCCAACGUCAACCUGGACGACGUGGACUGCUGGUCGGCUCUGAUCUCAGCGGCGAAGGAAGGUCACGUGGAGGUGGUGAAGGAGCUGCUGGACAACAGCGCCUACAUCGAGCACAGAGACAUGGGCGGCUGGACGGCUCUGAUGUGGGCCGCUUACAAAGGUCGUGUGGAGGUCACCAAGGUGCUGCUGGAGCUCGGAGCCAACCCCAACACGACUGGACAGAUCAGCUCCUCUGCUGAGGGUGUGGAGGAGGACCAGGGGCAGGUGCUGCUGCGUAGCUCCUCUGCUGAGGGUGUGGAGGAGGACCAGGGGCAGGUGCUGCUGCGUAGCUCCUCUGCUGAGGGUGUGGAGGAGGACCAGGGGCAGGUGCUGCUGCGUAGCUCCUCUGCUGAGGGUGUGGAGGAGGACCAGGGGCAGGUGCUGCUGCGUAGCUCCUCUGCUGAGGGUGUGGAGGAGGACCAGGGGCAGGUGCUGCUGCGUAGCUCCUCUGCUGAGGGUGUGGAGGAGGACCAGGGGCAGGUGCUGCUGCGUAGCUCCUCUGCUGAGGGUGUGGAGGAGGACCAGGGGCAGGUGCUGCUGCGUAGCUCCUCUGCUGAGGGUGUGGAGGAGGACCAGGGGCAGGUGCUGCUGCGUAGCUCCUCUGCUGAGGGUGUGGAGGAGGACCAGGGGCAGGUGCUGCUGCGUAGCUCCUCUGCUGAGGGUGUGGAGGAGGACCAGGGGCAGGUGCUGCUGCGUAGCUCCUCUGCUGAGGGUGUGGAGGAGGACCAGGGGCAGGUGCUGCUGCGUAGCUCCUCUGCUGAGGGUGUGGAGGAGGACCAGGGGCAGGUGCUGCUGCGUAGCUCCUCUGCUGAGGGUGUGGAGGAGGACCAGGGGCAGGUGCUGCUGCGUAGCUCCUCUGCUGAUGCCGUAGACGAGGUUGGUGGCCAGGGGCUGGUGGAGUCCGUCAUAGAGAUCCCAGGUGCCAAUAGUUGGGUGGAGGGCCAGGUGGACAUUUGCGCCGCCGCCGCCGCCGCGCCCGCCAACGGGGACGCCGCCAACCCCGACGGUUGGCAUGAGGAGUUAGACAGGAAGCUGUCUCAGCACAGUCUGGGUGAACUGACCAAGUUUGGCAGCAAGACGACUCUGAACCGCAGGGACACGUACCGGCGGCGGCAGGUGCAGCGGACAGUGACGCGGCAGAUGUCCUUCGACCUGUCCAAGCUGCUGGUGACCGAGGACUGGUUCAGCGACAUCAGCCCUCAGACCAUGAGGAGGCUGCUGAACAUCGUGUCCGUCACAGGCCGCCUGCUCAGAGCCAAUCAGAUCAGCUUCAACUGGGACCGUCUGGCGUCCUGGAUCAACCUGACGGAGCAGUGGCCCUACAGGACGUCCUGGCUCAUCCUGUACCUGGAGGAGACCGAGAGCGUCCCCGACCAGGCCACGCUCAAGACCAUCUACGAGAGGAUCUCCAAGAACAUCCCGACCACCAAAGACGUGGAGCCGCUGCUGGAGAUCGACGGCGACGUGCGGAGCUUCGAGGUCUUCCUGUCGUCCCGCACGCCGGUGCUGGCGUCCCGCGACAUCAGGACCUUCCUGCCCUGCACCGUCAACCUGGACCCCAAACUGCGGGAGAUCAUCGCAGACGUUCGUGCCGCCAGGGAGCAGAUGAACCUGGGCGGGGUCACCUACCCCACGCUGCCCCUGCAGGAGGCGCAGCCCCGCCCCACCUCCGUCUACAGCCAGCCGUCGUCCGCCUGCUCGCCCUCGGCCUCCUUCACCGGGACGUUCAACCCGGCGGGCGGCGUGGUUUCCCCUCAGCCGCACAGCAGCUACUACAGCGGGCUGGCCGGGCCGCAGCACCCCUUCUACAACCGGCCAUAUUUCCCACAACACCUUUACCAGCUGCCACGCCCCCUUGUGGCCGCCUCCUUCCCAUCCCAUCAUCCUCCACGCGUGUUCGGUAAAAGCGCCUAUGCCAGAGAUCUCUGCGCCGCACCCUAUAAAGUUUCGUCUUUGAGAAGGAAGAAGGGCUCCGCCUCCGUGGUGUCCGGAGCUCCGCCCAUCCUGCUCAGCUCCAUGACGACCGACGGCGUGUGUGAGCGCGUGCGGCAGAUCGAAGGCAUCGACCAGAGCAUGGUGGCCCAAUACACAGCCACCAUCAAGAAGGCCAACGUGAACGGCCGUGUCCUGACGCAGUGCAACAUCGACGAGCUCAAGAAGGAGAUGAGCAUGAACUUUGGAGACUGGCAGCUGUUCAGGGCCACGAUUCUGGACAUGCGUCACAUGGAGAGCCAGCUGCUGCACGAGGAAGCCGCCAGUGAGCAAGGCAGCGUGGUGGCGGGCCACAGCGAGGCGGGCCGGCGCGGCGCGGCCCCGCCCCACGCCGGCGCCGCCAACCCGGACGCCUCGCCGAUGUACAGCUUCAACCUGAGCUUCGAGGAGCUGAGCAACGCGGGGCUGGACGAGGCGCCGAGGCACAGCGGCCUGCCGUGGAUGGGUGGCGCUCACCGCACGGCCAGCAUGACCAGCCUGAACUCCCAGGAGUCCUCCAACGACAUCUGCAAGCUGACCGACAAGCAGCAGGCCGAGUACCGCAACGCCUACCAGGAGUACAUCUCCCAGAUGGCCCAGCUGGAGAUGGCGGGCGGCGGCGGCGAGAAGCCCGUGCAGCCGCAGCCCGGCCAGUUCAUGACGCCGCCGUCCGACGACAAGAGCAAGGACGGCGGCGAGGCGGACGGCCGCAAGCCUUUCGCCAAGAGGAGCGCCGGCAAGCCCCCGUCCGACGCCGCCGACUUCGCCGCCGCCGAAGCCCUGGACCCGAUCACGGAGGAGGACGAGAAGACCGACCACGGCUCCUCCAAGUCCCUGCUGACCCGCAAGACCUCGGCGGAGAGGGGCGGGCUCUUCCAGGGCGCCGCCGACCUGAAGCUGAAGGCCGGCGGCGGCCUGCGCUACCAGAAGCUGACCAGCGACGACGAGGAGUCCGAGGAGUCCGACAACGCCCCCCUGCUGAAGGACGGGAAGAAGGCGGCCGACGCCAAGGCGCCCGGCGGCGGCGCCCUGGCCCUGAAGGGGAAGGACUACCUGUCGGACGCCAUGCUGGACAAGAAGGACUCGUCGGACUCGGGCGUGCGCUCCAACGAGAGCUCGCCCAACCACUCGCUGCAGGACGAGGAGGCCGACCUGUCGCAGCUCGAGCGCGCCAACCUGAUCGAGCUGGACGAGGAGAGCCUGGCCAGGAAGCGCGGGCUACCCAGCAGCCUCAGCGGCCUCCAGGACCCGGCGGUCGCCCGCAUGUCCAUCUGCUCCGAGGACCAGUGCAGCCUCCUGGCCAGCAGCCCCGAGGAGAGCUGGCCCUCGUCCAAGAGCUUCAACCUGAACCGCACGCCGAGCAACGUCACGCUCAACAACAACACCAACGCCCAGCAGGCCAACCGGCCCCGCCCCCCCGCCGACGGCUCCUCCUCCUCCUCCGGCCCCGCCCCCUCCACCGCCGACGUCAUCAUCCCGCCGGGCUCCGGGCCGACCGCCGCCACCACCACCACCUGCUCCGCCUCCAAGCCGGGCCCGCACAACGAGAACGUGCGCGUGGUGCACCUGAAGAGGGGCCUGAACCCCGGAGACCCGCCGGAGAUCUGCACCGUCUCCUCCGACACCGUCACCUUCGGAGAGGAGCGAGAGAGCAUCCUGUGAACGGAGAGAGAGAGAGAGAGAGAGAGCCCCGCCUCCGCCCGGAGCCUCUGCACGCCGACAGCCGCACACACUGUUCCUGUAAAGCUCCUAAAAAAUAAAAGUCCUCCACAUCAACGGAAGAAAAAGUAGAAAGAAAGAAACAAGAGCAGGAAAAUCCUUAAAAAUUAGAAAUGAAGUUAUUUAAACGUUUAAAUUGAGAACGUGUGACGUGUCAGCCGCCGCCGUGCAGACGCUCCGCCCCGCCGUGUGUGUUAGUGCCUGAUAGUUUUAGUGCGUCGUAGUUUUAGUGCGUCGUAGUUUUAGUGCGUCGUAGUUUUAGUGCAUGCUCCGCUCGCUGCAGACGCUCGCUGUGUUUGUGUCGCUGUGUCGUCGUGAUGCAGCUCCUCGCCUCCAGGAAACACAACAGCAGCUUUUUUAUUUGUGUUUUUUAACUCGAGCUAAUUCAGCUGAUCGCCCUCAGAAACAUGAGGAGAACACGAUGAGCAAAAAUAAAUAAAUAAAUAAAUAAAUAAUAUUAUUGUUAUUUUUAACCAAGUACAAUGCAAUUUGAAAGAUUAUUGGAAAAUUAGAAAAGACAAAAAAAAAAAAAAAACAAUAAUGCUAUGAUCAUAAAAUCUCCACGAAAUUGCCCCCAAAAUUAUAAAUUAAAAAAAUUAUAUUCACUUAUUUACUUAUUUAAACUUAAAUUAUGGGGAAAAAAUUACAUAAAUAAUCCACAAAAUUACUCCAUACAUUUCAAAUAAAAUUAAGUUCAUCACUAAAUAAAAUUCCCCCCAAAAAAUUACAAAAUAAAGAUAAAAAUAAAGAGCAAGUUACAAAUUACUGGCAAAUAAUGUAAGUAAAAAAAAAGGAAAUUGGCUAAAAAAAAAAAAAAAAAUACCUGGAAAGUAUUUCAUUAAAGUGAUGCCUUCCUGUUAAAACCCUGCGCCCCGCCUGUCCCGACCCACAGGGCCGACCCCCCCUCCUCACGAAAAAAAAAAAUUACCCUCGUCACACUUUAAUAUUUACAGAUUGGACAGAGCAGCUGCAGUCUGCGCUCCGUGUUUCCUGGAGAGUCGGAGCUGUUUGCUUCGCUGUAGUCGCCCCCGUCCGGGACGUCCCGCCGUAGAAACGAGUCGGUGUUAGUGUCGCCCCCGUCCGGGACGUCCCGCCGUAGAAACGAGUCGGUGUUAGUGUCGCCCCCGUCCGGGACGUCCCGCCGUAGAAACGAGUUGGUGUUAGUGUCGCCCCCGUCCGGGACGUCCCGCCGUAGAAACGAGUCGGUGUUAGUGUGAGACCCAUCCGGGACGUCCCGCCGUAGAAACGAGUCGGUGUUAGUGUCGCCCCUGUCCGGGACGUCCCGCUGUAGAAACGAGUCGGUGUUAUCGUGGCUUCAGCUGGUGGCGGAGAGUUUGGGACGUCGUUUCGUAAAUUAAAUGUUUGAUGGGAGCGAGUGAGCCACACGAACAAAACGUGUCCCGUCCGUGUUUCCGUGUUUCGGUGUCGUGGUUUUCGUGGUCGAGUCGCACGUCCGCCCCCGCUGAGGCCAGUCAGGCCCACCGUAGGGACCAUCCGAAAUAUUCUGAGAAAAAAAAUGAAUUCAGAAAUUUGAUGGAAAAAACUCUGAGAUUAUAAAGUCACAGUUUGUAAGAAAAAAACUUUUGAGAUUAAAGUUAAUUUAUGAAAAAAAAACUCAAAUUUAUGAGACAAAAACUGGAAAGUUCUGGGAUUUUAAAGUCAGAAAUUUACUGUUUUUAUUUUUCUCAUAAACGUAUAGCUUUAUCCUCGUAAAUUCAGAUUUUUUUCUCGGAUUAUUACGCCCCACCCCCAUGUGUCGUCGUCAUUUUUUUUUAACCCUUUGAAACCCAAACCCGUUCAGACGCAGAGAAAACGUGACGAGCAAAAACGUGAAAACCUGCGAGGAAACGAGGAAAACAAACUGAAAGUCCUAAAGAAUAAAUAGUUUGAGUAGAAGACUUUAAACAGUAGAAACACUAGAACUCUGCUGUUAUUGUGUUUAACAUGCAGCUACAAAGACAAUUAAUGCAAAAUCACCCAAAAUACUGGAAAACUAAAUUAUCAGAAAGUUCAAUCUACAAAAAAUAAUAAUAAUAAUAAUAAUAAUAAUAAUAAAGGGAAUUUUAUGAGGGUGAAAUAAAACCUGUCUGUGGUUUUAUUUUAUUUUAUUUUAUUUUAUUUUAUUUUACUGUUUCAAAGGCUGAAGUCGGUCUUGAACCUGAAGACACUAAACAAAGAGGGAUUUCUUUCUUUUUUUUAAAUUUACUUAUUAUUUACUUAUUUUAUUUUAUUGUUGGAGAUUAUCUGUAAUCCGGGCGGCGAGGUUUCGCUCGUCGCUCCGCUCAUCUCUAAUCUAAUCUCAGAUUUCCAGCUGAAAAGCGGCGAUGAAGAGGAGCCUUCAUCAUCUUCACCUCCGUCACAGCAGCUCCUCUCCUCCUUUACGUGUUUUAAUAUUUUCAUUGAUCGAUAUUGAUGUGUAGAAAAGGGAAUGAAGGCGGCAGGACGUCGUUUCUCUCCUCUGAUCGAUCUGAUUGAUCUGAUCGAUCGGCUCCGGCGGUCAGACAGACACAUCGAUCAGUAUUGAUUUUUCAGAGCCGAUAUCGAUUAUUGUUAUUGUUAUUAUUGUAGUGCUGCAGGACACAGAUAAAUCAUAUUUAUGUUGUUAGAAAGUAUGUUUAAUUAACAUCAGAGUGUUUGAAGGGAAAUAAUUGAAAUGCACCUUCUGUUGCAAAUGUAAAGGAAAAGGAAAAAAGCAGGGAAACUUCUGGAAAAUUUUAAAAAUAAUAAAAAAAAAAGAAAGAAACUGAGCAAAGAACAACCUGAAAUUUGAAAACAUAUUUCUUCUGACUGAAUCAAAAUGAGAAAGAGAAAUAAAAAUCAUAAAGUGAAAUAACAGGAUGUGUUUUAAAGUCAGUCUGUGAUCCUGAAGGCAGAGUUUCAGUAAAAAAUUAAUAAUUUGACUGAGUGUUUUUCAUGUCGGCCGGCGUGGGAAACAACACGACCGCACCGAGUAUUGAUCAGUUCUGAAAAUGAUUAGCCGAUAAUCGAUCGAUCGAUCUGGAGGCAGAGGGGAAAAUUUCCUUUUUUAUGUUUUCAUUCAACAAAAAAUGAUUAAAAAAAAAAAAAACAUCAGAGGUUUCAUUGUGAAAAAGGCUCCCUGUGUGUGUGUGUGUGUGUGUGUGUGUGUGUGUGUGUGUGUGUUGUCCUGCAUGAUCCGUGUGUGUGUGCAUGCCUUCUAACUUCCUGUGAAUCUGAACUCGAUGUUUCAAACUGGAAAUGAAAUAAACUCGUUCCUGUUCAGUGUU